AUACCAAUCACUCAAGUCUCAAAAACAUAUAAAGAAGGUGCAAUAGGGCACACCCGUAAGGGACAUGUCUAAUUCCCUCAUGGGGAAUUUCGGUAUUUAAUUCGAUAAUUCGAUUGCCCUUUGCUGAUAGGGCUACCGUGCUAAGUUCAGAAGACAUCAGCUUGUCAUGGAAGAAACACGGUUUAAGAUUUUCGUUUUCCUUCUUACCAUAGGAUAUAUUUUUUCAGUUUGCAAUGGAUUACGUUGCUAUACAUGUGCAGUUGAUUUCCGACAAGAGAAAUUUUCGAUCAAUAACACUUGCAUAUUUCCAAAGAAUCCCGAUGACUUAGCACACUGUAGUCACAACAGUAAAUAUUGCAAGGCAGUUAUAAUAAGAGUUGGAGGAGUAUUUGUCAUGAUGUCAAGAACUUGUUCAAAAGAAUGUUCAGAAGCAUGCACAGAGAGGGGAUACGGGAUUCGAACCAAGGAAUGUACCACAUGUUGCGUGAAAGAACCUGACUGUGGAACUAGUGAUCUCUUGAAGAAAUAGUGAUGAUUUCAAAAUAAUUGUGGAUUGUUUCUGCUGUGCAAUGUUGGUGUGACUUGUUAUGCUCAUUAAAAU